AAAAAAAAAAGAGAGAGAGAGAGAGGGAGAGGGAGAAAGAGAGAGAGAGGGGGGAAAAGGAAAGAAAAAAAAAGUGUGUGUGUGGGGGAGGCAGACAGACACACACUUUAGAUAAGGACAAUUAGUCACCAGUGAGACCCUGUAGGAAGAGAGGUUUAAAUCAGAGGGAUUUAAUGGGGGUGCUCUGUGCCUUCCCUGAAGCCAUGCCCUCCAGCAACUCCCGCCCCCCUGCGUGCCUAGCCCCGGUGGCUCUCUUCUUGGCUCUGUUGGUCCAUCUCUCCCUUUCCUCCCAAGUUGGAGACAGGAGACCCUUGCCUGUAGAAAGAGCUCCAGGUUUGAAGGAAAAGACUCUGAUUCUACUUGAUGUGAGCACCAAGAACCCAGUCAGGACAGUCAAUGAAAACUUCCUCUCUCUGCAGCUGGAUCCGUCCAUCAUUCAUGAUGGCUGGCUCGAUUUCUUAAGCUCGAAGCGUCUGGUGACCCUGGCUCGGGGACUUUCGCCCGCCUUUCUGCGCUUUGGAGGCAAAAGGACGGACUUCCUGCAGUUCCAGAAUCUGAGGAACCCGGCGAAAAGCCGCGGGGGCCCCGGUCCGGAUUACUAUCUCAAAAACUAUGAGGAUGACAUUGUUCGAAGUGAUGUUGCCCUGGAUAAACAGAAAGGCUGCAAGAUUGCUCAGCACCCUGAUGUUAUGCUGGAGCUCCAACGGGAGAAGGCAGCUCAGAUGCACCUUGUUCUUCUAAAGGAGCAAUUCUCUAAUACUUACAGUAAUCUAAUAUUAACAGCCAGGUCUCUAGACAAACUUUACAACUUUGCUGAUUGCUCUGGACUCCACCUGAUAUUCGCUCUAAAUGCACUGCGUCGUAAUCCUAAUAACUCCUGGAACAGUUCUAGUGCCCUGAGUCUGUUGAAGUACAGCGCCAGCAAAAAGUACAACAUUUCUUGGGAACUGGGAAAUGAGCCAAAUAACUAUCGAACCAUGCAUGGCCGGGCGGUAAAUGGCAGCCAGUUGGGAAAGGAUUACAUCCAGCUGAAGAGCCUGUUGCAACCCAUCCGGAUUUACUCCAGAGCCAGUUUGUAUGGCCCUAAUAUUGGGCGGCCCAGGAAGAACGUCAUUGCCCUCCUAGAUGGAUUCAUGAAGGUGGCAGGAAGCACGGUGGAUGCAGUUACCUGGCAACAUUGCUACAUUGAUGGCCGGGUGGUCAAGGUGAUGGACUUCCUGAAAACUCGCCUGUUAGACACACUCUCUGACCAGAUUAGGAAAAUUCAGAAAGUGGUUAACACAUACACCCCAGGAAAGAAGAUUUGGCUUGAAGGUGUGGUGACCACCUCGGCUGGAGGCGCAAACAACCUAUCAGAUUCCUAUGCUGCGGGAUUCUUAUGGUUGAACACUUUAGGAAUGCUGGCCAAUCAAGGCAUUGAUGUUGUGAUACGACACUCAUUUUUUGACCAUGGAUAUAAUCACCUGGUGGACCAGAAUUUCAACCCACUACCAGACUACUGGCUCUCUCUCCUUUACAAGCGCCUGAUCGGCCCCAAAGUCUUGGCUGUGCAUGUGGCUGGGCUCCAACGGAAGCCACGGCCAGGCCGAGUGAUCCGGGACAAACUAAGGAUAUAUGCUCACUGCACAAACCAUCACAACCACAACUAUGUUCGAGGGUCUAUUACACUUUUUAUCAUCAACCUGCACCGAUCAAGAAAGAAAAUCAAACUGGCUGGGACUCUCAGGGACAAGCUCGUGCACCAGUAUCUGCUGCAGCCCUAUGGACAGGAGGGGCUCAAGUCCAAGUCAGUGCAGCUGAACGGCCAACCCUUAGUGAUGGUGGACGAUGGGACCCUCCCCGAACUGAAGCCCCGCCCCCUGCGGGCCGGCCGGACAUUGGUCAUCCCUCCAGUCACCAUGGGCUUCUAUGUGGUCAAGAAUGUCAACGCCUUGGCCUGCCGCUACCGAUAAACCACCCUCACGCCCACAAGCCACCUGCAGGCCUGCUGGACUGCUUUCCACUCUCCUGCCCUAAUCGUAUCCUGAUCUUUCAGACAUCUUCUUAGCAACAAACCAGUCUGCUGCCCCAUCCUGCUGGAAUCAGCACAGACUUGCUCUCUAAAGAGACAAAUGCCAUAGCACGAGCUUUGCCUAGGGAGGCCACAUGCACCCCAAAGGAAAGUGUACCCAUCACCUGUGCCUAUAUAAGGAUGAAGGUAUGUGUGUGGAGCUGUAUGUACCCAUGUGCACACACCAGGAAGAGAAGCCGGCGGUGCGCUCGCAGGACCCAUGAAACAGCUCUCCAUCAUCCGGGUCACACAGCAGUGUCACUAUAGACCUUAGCCUGGGACUGCUUCCCGCAGUACGAGAUGAGGAAGGAAACCACCAAGUGGGCCUUCAGGAGCCCAGUCCUCUUCAAACUCCUCUCCUUGUCUGUUCCCUGCUGUUGCCCCGGGGUUUCCUGUCACCUCUCUUCUCACCGGGGAGCAAGUGGGUGGGUCAGCACCGGCCUGCUGGGUGAGCUGUUUAUGUCAUUUCCUGGCUGAUGUAUGAGUGUGUGCAUCUGGGUUUCUGGCAGUGGCAUCGAUCACUGGCUAUUCCUCCGGGAGACGGGUGCUUCAGAAGUAAAAUUGUAAUCGUACUCCAGAUUUGUAAGAGGGUUCUAUUCCUCUGUGAAUCCGGAUUCCCCUUGGGUUGGAAUGGGAGUCAGGUAACAAUAUUCAUGGAGUGGAGAACAAUGUAUUAGGCACCACAAAAAGCAAUCAUCAUCCGUCAUGUGGCUGGGAGGGAGAGCGUUUCAGCACAAAGAGAAAGCACACUGAACCACCAAAGGAACGCAGACACACACACACACACACACCCCAACUGAACAAGCAAAUAAUCAGACUUGCAUCAAAUCUGAAGGAAUCUUAAGGGCUUGUCAGUCAGGCCCCUAAUGGCUUGUUUGACCAAAGUUAUUAAAAAAAAAAAAAAAAGUGUAAAUCGAAAGUCAUCCCUGUAAGACACAACCGAAUCUAGCAGUCCUUCCUGUUCCCCAAGGAGCUGUGUGCUUCUCCAGGCAUUUACUAGGCAGAAAUCUAAUGUUAGUGAAAGCUAACCAGGUCCGCGCUUUCCCAGACCAGCCAGUGUGAGCCCAGAACAAAGCUUUCCAUGUACUGCCUGGGGGAUGGGGGAGUCUGGAAACUGAGGUCUGAUGGAGAACUGUGGGGUGGUGGGUGGGAAGUCCCUGAAUCGGGCAGGGCGGAGUGGACUGAUUUAAAGAUUACGAUAAACCUGUAUGAUUCAAGGGGUAAGAGACAAGCUACCGCUGAAAAGAUUCUCCCGUGGGGUUGAUUUUCUUUCUCAGGAUAAAGGACAUGAAGGACAGGGCCUAAGGACAGGGCCGGGUGUGAGGUGAGACACAGGAGGAAGAUGAGGUAAGGGAGGAAGUUCCGGACUCCGCACGGAGAACAGGGAAUCAGGGAGAGGGAAGCCAGCAGCUCCGCUCUGUGCUUGAGGAAGAGAGCGGACUCGGUUUUGCUGUGUGGGUCAGCGGGUCCGGAGGUGUGUGCUAUGGUCAUCAAAAGGCGGGGGCAAGGACUGGGCUGGACCUGGUCAGUGGGCAUGCCCAGCCUGGAGGUUUAUGGAGAGAGGGGGCGCAGACCCCCAGCACCACCACGCCCCAGGCUACCCCGGCGGCCUCCUCGGGAAGCCGGGAAGCCCGGAGCUUCUGCUGAAGCCUCAGCUCUGCGAGGCGAGGAGUAAAGCCUCAGCUCUGCGAGGCGAGGAGUAAGAAGUGCCCAGACUGGGGUAGAAAGCAGGGAGAGAAGUGGCAGAGGACAGCCCACGUGAGGAAAAGAGAGGAAAAGAGAGACAAUGAAGUUGUCUCCCCAGACUUCGAAAAAGGCGUGCAGAUAGCAAAAUCUCCUCUCUACAGAGGUGCAGGCAGAGCUGCAGGCCCCCGAUGAGAACACAAGUAGGCAGUGGUACCGCUGACCUGACCCAGGCCAAUUUGCUUCCCCAUGAAGGAGUCGCUGGUUCUACCCCCGCCUUCCUGAGAGGCGGGGAGAGGGUUCGGAGCUCGCCCAGGGUCACCCAGGGCAGUGGGCGCCUGAGCGUGGAAUAAUCCAGUGCCUGUUCAUUUAACCACCAAGCCCAGGGUUGCCCACUUCCCAGCCUCACCCCCUCCCCUGCUGCUUGAGUGUCACCCAGCCUUCAGAGCUCCGCGCAAGCACGCUUCUUGUACACAAGUGCUGGUUCUUCCCUAAGCUUCCCAGCCCGCAGAAGAUAGGCCAUUUCUGCUUCUUUGAUCUUUCUUUCUGUAUUAAAUGCUCCCAAGAGGUUUAAGGUUUUGUUUGUUUGUUUGUUUGUUUUUAAUUUUUUAUUUUUUGUUAGUUAAUAAAAAGGGAGGAGAGGGAAUCAUUGAAAUUUAUAUUUGGGGUCCUGCAGUUCUAACUUUGCAACUGUCUCAUGAAAGAAAUAGUUGCAUUAUUCAAAGGAUACUGAGAAACUCAUGAUAAUAUCACAUUCUUUAGGGAUUUGGGUGCCAGGUAUCUGUCCUGGCUUUUUCAUUUUGGGGUGGAUGAUAAUUACUGAAUCAGUAGGGACCACUUCCUGCGAGGGAUUCCCCUAUGGCACUCCCCACCCAAGACAGCCGGUGGCAAAACAGCCUCACAGUGCACACCAGGGGAGCGGAUUGCCAGGCUGGGCCCUGGGACAAAAGAGUUCAUCCACCAGCUUCCCACGAGACUUUUCCUCCCAAGACAAGACAUGGCUGAGAUCAUCUAAGACUUUUGAGCCACUUUACUUUAAACUGAAGAAUGGACUUGCAAAAAUGCUUAUUUGAAAGCAUAAUAAGGUAUAAUGAGAAGUCUGUGCCUUUUGUUGAGACAAUUUUCUGUUCUUCCUGCCUCUAGGAAUGAUUUUCUUUCUCCUUUCUUAUCACAAAGGCUCAGAACAAAUUCUCAUUGUUAUUUGAAGAAAAAGUCUCAAUUCUUCUCGUGCCCUGAAAAAGCUGCCACUGUGAGAUAUUAGCUUAUCUCUUGAUGGAGAAAAGCUUGAAAAUUCCAGAACUGAGCUACAAUGAGACUAAGGCCUGAGACCCCUAGAACCGCAGUUGCUUAUGGCCCAUCACCCUGGUAGCCCCAUCCCCUCCCCAGCAGUUGGGCCCAAGCCCUGCACCAUCUAAAAUGGCAGAGCAUGUUGGUGGAUUCCACAUGGCCCUGAGCACCAGGAAGUGCUGAGGCCUCCUUGAGGCAGCCCGGGGAAGGACCCAGAGGGGCUAUGAACUGAUGAGGGGCUAGAAUGGGGCUAGAAUGGUCCUGGCCACACCCCACACCUGCAGGUGUGCUCCUCAAGUGCACUGCAGGCCCAUGUUUUGGAGGGAUGCUGCUGCUGGAUUUACCUUGGAAAUCCACUGAGAGUGGCUUUAUUUCUGAAAACAAAAGGGCAGUGUCUAAACUCUACAGAAGCCGAGAUGAACCAGUCUGCAGUCAAGUGGACUAGCUGUUCUGAUGAGUUGUGAAUAGGGUUGUGACCAACCAACUUUGGCUGCAACAUUUGGAAUCCAGCCUCCCCUGGGCCCACCAGUGACCCUCCUGGCCAUUCAUUCCUGUGCUCUUCUAUAGAAUAAUUUAAAGGACCCCUCCCACCACCCACCACAGGUGAUGAGUCUUGACAUUUCCAAGUUCUGGAGAGCCAGGCAGCACCCAGGCAUGCAUUGGCUCUGAGGGCACUGCUCCUCCUGUCCCCACCACUAACAGAUCUGGAAGUUUCUCUUUGUCUUCCAGACUAAAUAAUAAAUCCAUUAACUAUUGCCAGAGAGGCAGUAUUUUGCAAAGAUCACUCUAAAACAGAAAAGCUAAAAUAUAAGAAAUUAUAUUUCUUUUAUACCUCUUUGGCACCUACUUCCUUCCAAACACCAGAGCAGCCCCCCAGCACUCAGGAGGAGCAGAACAAGUUCCUAAUGAUGGCUCACAAAUAAAUCCCACUAUCCUAUGCACUCAGGAGAGAAAAGGGGAUGAACUACUCUUCUAAUUAUUAUUCAUGAAAAUAUCCUAGGAUCCUUUUUCAAGUUGUAAAUGUUAUAUAAUAAAUUAUAUUUUGGGAAGAAGCAAAAAGAAACCCAAGCUUUAUUCAUCUGAAGUUGGCAAAAUGAGUACAGGAACACCUCCCAGGGAAAGUGUCUUCUCUGCAGAGGAUUUGAACAGGUGUUAAUAUUUGUUUCCAAAAUCAGAUCAUAUUAAGGUUUAUAUGAGCUUGGCAAUUGCAGAGAGUUAGAGCCUAUGAGGUAGUUUAUAUUUUGAGGUAACAUUCUGUAAGUAAUAAAACGUGAAUAUUCUAA